UCGAUGAUAUUCGCUCGUGAACGACCAGGUACGACCACUGCUUUAGAUUUUAUUCGUGCAUUAUCACGGUGAGAUUGUAAUUUCGAAUUCGCAAUAAAGAAAUCUCGAUGCAUCGAUAUUUGGCGUGCAUUCGUGUAAUGAAGCGCCAUUGAAAUCUUUCAUUAUAAUUGGAACACGAAGAUCAUAACUUAUGUCCAAAAAUAAUUGUCGGAAUUAAUGGUAUUCGGGAAUUUACCACUUCAGCAUAACGUAAAACUACUCGAACCCACUUGUCGGUAUCGUAACGUAAUUUUCCCUACGUAUUAUAGGACUUAUAUCUUUGAUAAAACUAGGUACGUGACGGAUUAAACGAUGAUUGAUCGUCGAACGAUAGGCUCUGGAUUUGUAACGCGAAAAAUAUAACAAUCGCACAGCACGUAGAGCAACGAAUUUGCAUCACGUAACAUGGAAUACGUAACGAAAGCGCGAUAUCAAAAUAUUAAAGUGUUCUCGACGUUGACAGAAACACGUGCUUCGCGAUUUCGAAUCGACUUGAAAAUUCUUAUUGAUCGCGCAAAGUUAUUUCAGGGCGUCGUACAUUAGAAAAAUGAACGUACCAGAGUAACUAUUCCCUUGCCUCUCUUUUCCUUCUCUCGCGAUUUUCUUUCAGGACGAUCCACGACACGGUCAUGUACGAAAUUUAUGCCAACGAAACUUUGGAAGGCAACGAUACACUUCCGCGCAACGUAUCUCUGUACGAGGAAUACAUCUUCGAUAGAACCGACGUGAAAGUGAUUUUUAUUACGCUUUACAGCAUCGUAUUCGUCUGCUGCUUCCUCGGUAAUUCGUUGGUGAUCUUGGUGGUUACGUUCUCCCGAAGAUUACGGGGUGUAACGAACUUCUUCCUAGCGAACUUGGCCAUGGCCGAUUUCUGCGUCGGUAUCUUUUGCGUGUACCAAACCCUGACCAACUAUUUGACGAACAGCUGGCUACUCGGUGACUUUCUUUGCAAGGUUUACAUGUUCGUUCACGCGCUCUCCUACACAGCGAGCAUAUUGAUCUUGGUGGUAGUCUGCGUGGAACGUUAUUUGGCCAUCGUUUACCCGAUCAAAUGCAGAUCCGUGCUCACAAGGCGUCGACUGCGACUCGUGAUAGGAGUCGUUUGGGUCGUGGCUGCGAUCUACGCUUCACCCAGGUUCUUCUACGUGGAAACCAUGAAAAAUCGCUUGAUCUCCGGCGACGUGGAUAUCAUCUGCUUGGCUAACAUCAGGAAACACAACAAGGCUCUCCUGGACGCGGUGAACCUCGUGUUUCUUUACCUCGUUCCGCUCGCGCUCAUGUGUUGCUUGUAUUCGAGGUUGGCGAUAGGCUUGUGGAGAAGCAGCACCGCUAUCGACGACACAGAUUCGACGGACAAAACUGGAAAGGGUAAAACGCGUCGCGUUCACGCCUCCAGCAGAAACGUCCUACGAGCCAGACGAGGCGUCAUCAGAAUGUUGAUCGCCGUGGUGACGACUUUCGCCAUCUGCAACUUGCCGCAACAAGCAAGAAUCGCUUGGGGAUAUUGGGACUCGAGUUACGAUCGUACCUCGGACUUUAGCACUCUUCUAACUCUGUCGACUUUCCUGAUUUCCUAUGCAAACUCUUGCCUGAAUCCUCUGCUGUACGCUUUCCUGUCCCGUAAUUUUCAAAAAGGAACGAGGGAACUUUUUGCCUGUUACGGAAAAACGAGAAAACGUGGAAGUUCCAUCGCUUUGACAAUGGGAUGUACCGGAGGAGACGCACCGACGCGUCGCGACAAUACUCCGAACGCUAAUCUUCCUCGCAGUUCUUUUGGUCGGACUAGUUCUGACCAAUAUGGUGCAUGAAUCGCUCUCAAGUUCACCCGACAAACUACGCGCGAAAAAAGCAUCUGAUUUGCGCGACGAAACUUUUCCGGUCCGGAAAAUAUUUCGCGCGGAGGCAUUGUUCGAACUUCGUUCGUCGAACAUCCUCGUUUUACAAUUUACUCGUCUUCGACGUAGUUCGCGUGUUCUCGCAUCGAUCAGUCAUCAAUGUAUGAACCAUCAAAAUAAACUCGUGCCAAAAGUUCGUGACAUCAUUUUCUCGUUAAAAUCGUAACUCUGAAUCGAAUCCGAAGCGAUCGAAUCGACAAACUGAAAAACACGGUUUGUCGCGAACACGAGAGUAGAGAGAUAAAAAUAUUUGAAGAGAGUAAUCGUUUUACAAACGGGAACGAAAUACUCCAAGUAUCGCGUUUAGAAACGGAAAUGACUUUUUCCACAAUCGCGGACAACGUUGAAUUGGUUUCGAUUGUUCGACGGAACAAAAGUAUCGCUUCUUUUCCAGAGUAUCGUCUUCGUAGAAACUAGAAGCUUUCCGAGUAUCGAUCAACAAGACUACUCGCUUCGUAAGACACGGUAAUUUUGUCGAACCAACAGAGAUUCAAACUCUUUUAUGCAAACUGUAACAACGAACGAUUGCCGGAAGAAACGAUAACAUUCCCGUGUAGUCCGCGUCAGCUGUUCGCUAUUUGCAGCGAUAUCGUUCGAUGAUAAAGCGUGUUGAUUCGAGGCUACGAGUUUUUCUCCACAUUUUAUGGUGUUUCCAUUCUCUCUCCUGUGUCUUUUCCAUUUGCGAACAGGUCCCAUCAGCGCGGUUAUUAAUCGGUACUUACGUUCGUUAUUUUCUCGCGUUCUCGGACUUCCAU